CUCUCAUAUCAAGGCAUCUCCACACUCACUCAUCCCUUGGAGAAUCCAUACAGUAGACAAUUUGCUCAGCCUUCCAAUGGCAACCACCACCAUGUCCCUCUCCUCCUCGACCUUUGCCAGCAAGGCGGUGAAGAACGUGUCGUCAUCGGCUCUCUUCGGCGAGGCCCGCGUCACCAUGCGCAAAACUGCAGCGAAGGCAAAGCAGGUUUCCUCUGGCAGCCCAUGGUACGGUGCCGACCGUGUGUUGUACCUCGGCCCACUCUCCGGUGAGCCCCCGAGCUACCUCACCGGUGAGUUCCCUGGCGAUUAUGGUUGGGACACUGCCGGACUUUCGGCUGACCCGGAGACCUUCUCCAAGAACCGGGAGCUGGAGGUGAUCCACUGUCGUUGGGCCAUGCUUGGGGCACUUGGUUGCGUCUUCCCUGAGUUGCUCGCCCGCAACGGCGUCAAGUUUGGCGAGGCCGUUUGGUUCAAGGCCGGCUCCCAGAUCUUUAGUGAGGGUGGUCUCGACUACCUCGGCAACCCCAGCCUUGUGCACGCGCAAAGCAUCCUAGCUAUUUGGGCAUGCCAAGUCGUGCUCAUGGGUGCUGUCGAGGGGUACCGGGUUGCCGGCGGCCCACUUGGCGAGAUCGUCGACCCACUAUAUCCAGGAGGCAGCUUUGACCCUCUCGGCCUAGCCGAUGACCCCGAGGCAUUCGCCGAGCUCAAGGUGAAGGAGAUCAAGAACGGUCGCCUCGCCAUGUUCUCAAUGUUCGGCUUCUUUGUCCAAGCUAUCGUCACGGGCAAGGGACCACUUGAGAACCUCGCUGACCACAUCGCUGACCCCGUCAACAACAACGCCUGGGCAUUCGCCACCAACUUUGUCCCCGGCAAGUAAGAUGUCUUGGAGAUUGUUCACGCCACAAAGCGUGUUUGUUGUGCAGUCUGAGUUGUACUACCAUGAUGUAAAUUAUGAGAAUUUGUGCAAAAGCAAUGCAAGAUUUUUCUUGCUUGAAUGUCA